AUGAAGGAAAAAGGCAUCGAUGCUCUGGGAACAUGUCCUUCCGACGCAUGGGAGUUGAAGACUCAUCGAGAAGUUGUCCUGGCGGCAGUCCAGAAAAAGGGUGAGUACCUGAAGCACGCGCCCAAGAAGCUGAAGGGUGAUCGUCACAUCGUUUUGGCGGCAGUAAAGCAGAAUGGUGAUGCCUUAGAGUUCGCCGCCCCGAAGCUCAAGAAGGAACGCGAAAUUGUCUUAGCAGCGGUUCAGGAGAGGGGCCCUGCCUUGCGCUUCGCCGCCGAAGAGCUGAAGGAGGAUCGCAGCAUUGUCUUGGCCGCAGUCACCCAGAACGGCAAUGCUUUGCUCUUCGCCGCCAAGAAGCUUCACAAGGAUCACAGCAUCUGGCGCGUUGCACAUCGUGCCGAAAGCGAGAAAGCGAAUGCGCUGGCGGCUGUCCAGUCCGACGGGAAAGCCUUGCAGCACACGAAACGCGAUCUUCGAAGAAACCACGACAUCGUCUUCGCCGCCGUCAGCCACUGUGGCCUUGCCUUAGAGUUCGCCUCCGAGGAGCUCAAGAGGGACCGCAGCAUCGUUCUGGCGGCGGUGAGACAGGAUGGUCAUGCCCUGCACUUCGCUGCAAAAGAGCUUCUCGGAGAUCGGGACAUUGUGCUGACGGCCGUAAAGCAGAAAGGCGUUGCUUUGCGGCACGCCCGGAGCGAGCAGAAGUGCGAUCGAGGAAUCGUCUGGGCUGCAUGCCGACAGGACGGGAUGGCCUUGCGGUUCGCGGACCUCGCGCUUCGGAAAGACCAUGCCUUUGUCCUGUCCGUUGUGGAGCGCGAGGGCUUUGCACUGGAGUUCGUCGCCGAAGAGAGAAGAAGGGAUCGCGACAUCGUCCUGAUGGCCGUCCAGAAGAAGGGUGAUGCCCUGGAAUUUGCGCCUCAGGAGCUAAGAGACGACAGGGAGAUUGUCUUGGCGGCAGUCAAGAAGAAUGGCCAUGCCUUGAAGUUUGCCAGCGAAAGGCUUGCGAGGGACCGGGAGAUUGUUUUGGCAGCAGUCGCGCAGGACGGCGAUGCCUUGCUGUUCGCCUAUGUGAACUGCGAGCAUCGGAUGGAUCCCGAUGUCGUCAUAGCAGCAGUCCAGAACAAGCCUUGCAGUUUCCAGUUCGCGCCUCCGGACCUGCAAGAGAAUGAGAACAUCGUGCGAAAGGCGGUGAUGCUGGAUGGAGGUGGGGAUGUAUUGGAGUUCAUCCCCGAGUAUCUGCAGAACAAGCCCAAACUCAGAAGUACGGUGAUGGACGCGAUGAAGAAGAUGGGCCGUGCAUUGCAGUUCGCCAGCCGAAGGCAUCAGAAGGAUCGCGAGAUUGUCUUGGCCGCUGUCUCGAAUGAUGGCAGCGCCUUAGAGUUCGCUGCCGGAGACUUAAAGAAGGUCAAGGACAUCGUGACGGAAGCAGUGAAGCACGCAGGCUGUGCCUUGGAGUUUGCGUCACCGGAGCUUCGGAAAGAUCACUUCAUUGUUCUGGCAGCCGUCAGAAAUGACGGUGAUGCCUUGCAGUUUGCUGCGCCCGAAUUCCAAGAUGAGGCAGACAUCGUGUUCCCAGCAGUCAAGCAGAAAGCCACGGCCUUACAGUUCGCCUCCGAAAAACUUCGCAAUAACAGAGGGAUCGUGGAGACAGCCGUAAGGAAGCAGGGCGAUUCUCUGCAGUUCGCGUCUCCGGAGCUCCAGCGAGAUGAAGGCAUCGUCUUACUUGCAGUUCAGCAGCAGGGUGAUGCCUUGGAGUUCGCGUCCCCCGAUCUUCAGAAGAACAAGAAGGUUGUCUUAGCAGCCGUAGAGCAGAACGGCAAUGCCUUGCAAUUCGCUUCCGCGGAGCUGCAGAAAAACGAGAGCAUCGUCGAGAAAGCAGUUAGGCAGCACGGCCAUGCUUUGCAGUUCGCUGCAGACGAGCUUCGCAAGUGCCCGAGGAUGGUGAAAGUGGCAGUCACCAAAAAAGGCGAUGCCUUGCAAUUUGCUGCUGAACAGCUGCAGAAAGACAAGGAGAUUGUCGAAGCGGCAGUGCGGCAGCAGGGGGAUGCUUUGCAGUUCGCUCACGACGAGCUCCGAAAGGAUCUGAGGAUCGUCGAAGCGGCCGUAGCAAGGACGGGUGACGCUUUACAGUUCGCCGCCGAGGAUCUUUGGGAGCGUUGCGAUGGGGAUGAAGAGAAAAAGAAGAAGUAUAGGCAGAUUGUCACGAAAGCUGUGAUGCAAGAUGGCACAGCCUUUCAAUAUGCCUGCGAGUGGCUGCGAAGCGAGAGGGACUUCAUUCACGACCUUGUCAAGGAAACGAAGGCAGAUUGGCUGUUGAACUACGUGGCCCAGGAUCUCGCAGCACAAUCCGACUUCAAGCGUUUUCAAACAGAAUGCAAGAAGGUAGCUGGCAAGGGCCUCGUGUUCACCUACUACAACAGCUUCGGUUGCUUUGCCAGGAUGCGCCAGAGCUUCGAUGCAACCUGCGCUUCCGUCCCGGGCGGC